AGGAAGCCAGGGGCCACUGCUCUGACCGCAUUCUUCUCCCGGACCCUUUGGGUCCUUUCUGUAGGAGCCCCGCACUAACCCCAGACUGUGCCAGCACCUGUUGGACGGCCACUUGGUGGCCUUACCCAGUGGCAGAGAAGGAGACCCAGGGGUGCUCCUCCCGUACGCAGUGACCCCCGCCUUUUCCUUCGGCUGUCCCCCUGCCGGAGAGUGAGCGGCUCAGCCUCCCGGCUCGCCAGCCGCUCACUCCUCCCGGGCUGGGCCCACGGCCCCCUCCUCCCGACUCCGCCGGCAGGGGGAAGGUAGAGAAGGGGAGGGGACAAGCCGGAGCCUUGGCCCGCCCGGCCUUCUCUCUCUGCCCCGUGCUGAGACGCGGCACCGAGCCCCGUGGUUUGCGCGGAGCCCGAGGCGUAGGGGGAGAGCGCCUGGAGCUACCGGAGUCCCGCCGUGACCCCGACCUGCCGAAUUUCCCUGGGCUUCGAGAAGCGAGGGAAACACCCAAACAAGGUGAACUUUGAUCGCGGAAAACUCAAGCCAGGUGCCGGGAUCUGUGCUGCGGCGGUCGGGGCCGGGAUCAGGCUGCGCACCGGGCUGGGGAGCGGGAGCCCCGCGGCCUCCCUCCGCCUGCGCCUAGGGCGGCCUCGAUCCGGCGUCCCCCCCACCCCUCCCGGCCGCGCUCCGGCUCCUCUGCCCCGAGGACCCGCCGCGGCGCGCUCGCCUUGUUUCUUCCCCCUCCCCCUUCGGGGAUGGGGGUGGGGCGGGGGAGAGGGGCGCCCGGAGAGCCGUAUCUAUUGGCAGUUUUGUGAUUGAUCAGAAAGUGCUCGCAGCCAACUUGGCUUGGAGGCUGUCUUCGCGCGACCCUUGAGUUUUCGCCUCUGUCCAGUCCCCCAAACUGACAGGUGCUCCCAGCAACUUGCUGGUGACUUCUUCGCGCUGCCCCGGCUCCCCCGCGUCCCCACCCCCCUCUUUCCUCCCUCGACUUCACCCCCACCCCCACCACUUCGGCACAGCUCAGGAUUUGUUUAAACCUUGGGAAACUGGUUCAGGUCCAGGUUUUGCUUUGAUCCUUUUCAAAAACUGGAGACACAGAAGAGGGCUCUAGGAAAAAGUUUUGGAUGGGAUUAUGUGGAAACUACCCUGCGAUUCUCUGCUGCCAGAGCAGGCUCGGAGCUUCCACCCCAGUGCAGCCUUCCCCUGGCGGUGGUGAAAGAGACUCGGGAGUCGCUGCUUCCCAAGUGCCCGCCGUGAGUGAGCUCUCGCCCCAGUCAGCCAAAUGCUCCUCUUCGGGCUUCUCCUGCUGAUAUGUGCCCUGGCCGGCCAGAGACACGCGACUCAGGCUGAGUCCAACCUGAGUAGUAAAUUCCAGUUCUCCAACAACAAGGAACAGAACGGAGUCCAAGAUCCCCAGCAUGAGAGACUUAUCACUGUGUCUACUAACGGAAGUAUUCACAGCCCAAAGUUUCCUCAUACUUAUCCAAGAAAUAUGGUCUUGGUAUGGAGAUUAGUGGCAGUAGAGGAAAAUGUAUGGAUACAACUUACAUUUGAUGAAAGAUUUGGGCUUGAAGAACCAGAAGAUGACAUAUGCAAGUAUGAUUUUGUAGAAGUUGAGGACCCCAGUGAUGGAACAGUAUUAGGGCGCUGGUGUGGUUCUGGGACUGUACCAGGAAAACAGAUUUCUAAAGGAAAUCAGAUCAGGAUAAGAUUUGUAUCUGAUGAAUAUUUCCCUUCUGAACCGGGGUUCUGCAUCCACUACAACAUUGUCAUGCCGCAAUUCACAGAAGCUGUGAGUCCUUCAGUGUUACCCCCUUCUGCUUUGCCACUGGACCAGCUUAAUAACGCUGUCACUGCCUUUAGUACCUUGGAAGAUCUUAUUCGGUAUCUUGAACCAGAUAGAUGGCAGUUGGACUUAGAAGAUCUAUAUAGGCCAGGUUGGCAACUUCUUGGCAAGGCUUUUGUUUUUGGAAGAAAAUCCAGAGUGGUGGAUCUGAACCUUCUAAAAGAGGAGGUAAGAUUGUACAGCUGCACACCUCGUAACUUCUCGGUGUCCAUAAGGGAAGAACUAAAGAGAACCGAUACUAUUUUCUGGCCAGGUUGUCUCCUGGUGAAACGCUGUGGUGGAAACUGUGCCUGUUGUCUCCACAAUUGCAAUGAGUGUCAGUGUGUCCCAAGCAAAGUUACUAAAAAAUAUCAUGAGGUCCUUCAGCUGAGACCAAAGAUCGGUGUCAGAGGAUUGCAUAAAUCUCUUACCGACGUGGCCCUGGAGCACCAUGAGGAGUGUGACUGUGUGUGCAGAGGGAACACAGGAGGAUAACGCAUCUCCCCAUGCAGCCUUCUCCCAGAACAGUCCAGCUCAGCGGCUGCUUCUGUUAGAGAACUGAUGCGUUAUCGCCAUCCGUAAUCUCAGUUGUUUGCUUCAGGGACCUUUCAUCCUUCAGGAUUUACAGUGUGUUCUUAAAGAGGAGACACCAACCGGAUUUAGGAGUUGUGCAACAGCUCUCUUGAGAGGACGCCCAGAUGACAGGAGAAAAGGUCUCGGGGCGUGGAAAAAAUAUGAAAUGUUGUAGAUCACUAGCUAGUUACAGAGUUACCGUGCACUUACUCAGCUAGCUGUGUUCUAUGUUUCAGUUGUCUUGAUAUGACUUAGGUUAAUGUCAGUACAGGAAAACAAAGUGUGUGCAAGUGAGCACGUGAUUCUAUUGCCUUGCUUAUUAACUCUUCAGCUCCAUGUUCUGGGCCUAAAAUCACAGAAAUCUGGAAUUUUUUUCCUUAUAUUCACAUAUAUAAACAAUAGUGUUCUAUGGUCUACAAACUUGGUUUUAAAAAAAGAAACUGUGUUGCUAUAAAUCAAACUUGGGUCAUGCUGAUAAGAAAGACUGGAUUUUCCAUAUUUCUUAUAAAAAUUUCUACCAUUUAGAAGACAAGAACUACAUUCAGGGUUUGGAAGAGACAAACCUGAAAAGAAGAGUGGCCUUAUCUUCACUUUAUAAGUUGGUUUAUGUGUUUUAUUGUGUACAUUUUUAUAUUCUCCUUUUGACAUUAUAACUGUUUGCUUUUCUAAUCUUGUUAAAUAUAUCUAUUUUUACCAAAGGUAUUUAAUAUUCUUUUUUAUGACAACCUAGAUCAACUAUUUUUAGCUUGGCAAAUUUUUCUAAACAGAAUUGGUAUAAGCAGAGGAACACAGAUGAUAUAAAAUAUUGUUGUUCUGACAAAAACACACACAUUUCAUUCUUGUAUGGUGCUAGAGCUUAGAUGAAUCUGCAUUUUAAAAUACUGACGUGGGAAAUAAGUAGAAUUUGGUAAGUGGCAAAGGCUUUUCAAAAUAAAUAAGUUAUCAUAUCCGUGUCCACUCCUGUUAUUGAAGAUGCAAAGAAAAGGUGACGUUCGAGAGAACAGGCGUUCAGACCCAGUCAUUACUAACCCCCAGCCCUUACCGUGCGAAACGUGAGCCUAGCUCAGAGGAACAGGAAGCACCUUGGAAACAGAGACUUGACAGCGUGUGCUCUGCUGUCCUGGAGGAACACAUCCUAUUUAUUGUGAUGUUCUGGUUUUAUUCUCUUCAAAUUCCGUUCCACACACUUGUAUAAAUACAUGGAUAUUUUAAUGUACAGAAGUAUAUCCUUUAACCAAUUCACUUAUUGUACUCUUUGGCAAUUGAAAAGAAAAUCAGUAAAAUUCUUUGCUUGUAAAAUGCUUAAUAUUGUGCCUAGGUUAUGUGGUGGCUAUUUGAAUUAAAAAAUGUAUUAAAUCACCAAAUAAAAGAAUGUGGCUAUUUUGGGGAGAAA